CACAGAUUGACUCGUCAUGACCACACACAGGAGCAGCGGUUGGUUUGACAGCAAAUGGCUGCCACAAACCAUACAACCAGAAAGAGAUAUCUGUGGUCGGACCUCGCAAGAAAUCGAAGCCCUUGUAGCCCUGACAAAGACUGAAUGUCCAUGUACUCCUAAAUAUUAUGCAUCGAAGCAUACAAACCAGAGUUCCGACGGCUGGGUCCCUGGUGGCUUUCUCGACUACAUUGUGAUGGAGAAACUCGAAGGAGUGACCCUCUCCGACGAAUAUCUCAGUGACUUACCACGGAGAGAGCAGCAAGAACUACGAAAUGCGUUCAAAUCAUCAGACGUGGAAUGUCAGGAGCGGGGCUUUUACCAUCUGGAUGCGAGUCUCUCGAAUCUUAUUUGGAAUAAGCUGAAGAUGAAAUGUUAUAUUGUUGACUGGGAAGCGCGGGUUCGAAAGGCCUAUCCGUGGGACGACGAUGAGUAUCUGAGGUGGGGUCUGCUAUGA